AUGUCCGCCCCCGACGUCGCGAAAGCGAGAACGAAGAACAAGGACAAAGACAAGGAGAAGAAAGCGAAGGGAUCCGGCGGCGGCCAGAAAUCGCAGACGGAGCGCCUCAAGACCGUCGUCCGCAGGCUGCCGCCGAACCUGCCCGAGGACAUCUUCUGGCAGAGCGUCGCGCAGUGGGUAUCGGAGGAGACGGUGACGUGGAAGACGUACUGUCCGGGCAAGUUCAAGACGCGGGCGUACAUCGCUUUCAAGGAGGAGAUGACGUUGGCGACAUUCAGCAAGGAGUACGAUGGACAUAUUUUCAGGGAUAAGGCUGGAAACGAGUCGGUAGCGGUCGUGGAAUUCGCGCCGUUUCAGAAGGUACCAAAUGAGAAGAAGAAGGCGGACAGUAGGGCGGGACUAUUGAGAAAGGAUUUCAUAUCCUUUUUGGAGUCUCUCAAAGAGGCUGCGUCCAAACCGUUCGACAUGGACACCUUGGACACUUUGAUCGCCUCGACUCAGCCUGCGCCCGCGCCCACGACCACCCCGCUUCUCGAGGCCCUCAAAGCCGAGAAAUCCGCACAACGGGACAAGGACGCUAUCCAGCGAAACCACGCGCAUUACAAGGACUCUGGCGGUCUCGGAAAGAAGGACGACAAGAAGAAGGCUGCCAAGGACAAGGCCGCCACAGCCGAGGUCGCUGCGGGCAAAAAGCCUGGCAAGAAGGCACCCGCGGGGAAGGCGCAGGCGCAUGUCCAGCCACAGGCAGGGUCAAGCAAGGACGCGGGCGCAGGAAAGGGCGCGGAGGGGAAGGGAAAGCAGCCCACCGCGAUUGCGAAGCCUCCAAAGCCCCCGAAGGAGAAGAAGGGUCCGCCACCCUCGGCCACGGCCACCGCUGCACCAUCCUCGUCUUCGGCUUCUGCUCCCACAGCAAACGCUGCUGGGCCGUCUUCCCCGGCGACAGCAGAGGCGGCGGCUGCAACACCUGCUGCUCCCCGUCGAUCGCGUCCGGUGCUUGGUAUUGCGUCGCGCCAGUUCGAGGCCGCUCUCAGUGGCGCAGGAGUCGAACGCAAAUCUCGCCGAGAGAAAGACAAGGAGAAGGAGAAGAGCAAGGAAGCGGGAGAAGCUGGCGCGGAGGCGGUUCCCACUCCCAAGGUGAAGGAGGAGAUGCCCGCUAAGGAGAAGGAAAAACGCGAACGACCGUCGAGGCAGCAACCUACAAUACUGUCGCGCGAGGUGCAAGGAGGGCUAGCACCCCCGAAGAUCCUAGCGAGAGCUGCCCCAGCAGGCGACGCUGCUACGACGACGGCCGAAGUUGCAGGGGACGGUGUAACUGCUUCCAACGCUGGCGGAGAAGGUGGCCGUGGUCGAGGUCGGGGACGAGGAAGAGGGCGUGGACGUGGGAGGGGCGCAGGCGGCGGUUGA